AUGAGUAAUGGCAUUUGUUAUUUGACCGGAUUGAUCAUUUACAACCUUUACUUUCACCCUCUAGCAUCGUUUCCAGGCCCCAAAUCAAAUGCAGCCACAUCGCUUCCGUUCUUUCGAUCUGUGCUGGGCGGCAGCCUGCCAAUGGACGCACAAAAGCUACAUGAAAAGUAUGGCGAUGUAGUCCGCAUCGCCCCAAACGAAGUGACCUUCACGAACCCCGAGGCCUGGAAAGAAAUCUAUGCCAUUCGCCCCGGCAAAUCCCAGCGCCCGAAGGAUCAACGCCAUGUAUCUGUUGGGCCAAACCAUAUACCAAGCAUCCUUCGAACCGAUGAUCAAACCCACGCCCGAUAUCGACGUUCUCUGUCCCAUGGAUUCUCAGAAGGGAGCCUCCAGCGCCAGGAAGUCAUUGUCAAGGGCUAUGUUGACCUGUUGGUUCAACGGCUUCAUGGACUUGCCGAGUCCGGUAGCGCUACUGUCGACAUGACAUGCUGGUAUAACUAUACUACAUUCGAUAUUAUCGGUGAUCUCGCAUUUGGCGAAUCAUUCGGGUGUCUGCAGAAUUCGCAGUAUCAUUUCUGGGUUUCGGUCAUUUUCAGCCAUUUCCGCACUGCCGCAUGGGCAAACGUUCUGCGACGGGUCCCUGCCGGGAACCUCCUCAUGAAAUGGAUCGUUCCCAAAGAGGUACGAGAGCAAAAGAAACAUCAGAAUGAGAUGACAAAGGAGAAAGUACAGGCACGCAUGGCAAAUGGGGACAACGGGCGGCCGGACUUCCUUAGCAACGUGCUAAAGCAACCUCUUGAGAAGGGAAUGACUGAAGAUGAGCUUGUCAGCAACUCUUAUGUGCUCAUUAUUGCAGGCUCAGAGACUACCGCUACUUUACUGUCCGGUGUGACAUAUUAUAUACUCACUGUUCCUGGUGUUCUCGACAAACUCAAAACAGAGAUCCGUGGUGCAUUCACUUCCGAGGACCAAAUCACUUGGUCUGCGGUUAAUCAGCUAAAAUACACACUCGCCGUGUUAAAUGAAGGUCUCCGGAUGUACCCUCCUGUCCCGUACGGGUUCCCACGAAUGGUUGAGGGCAAAGGGGAUUUCAUCUGCGGGAGAUGGGUCCCUGGGGGAACGGCUGUCGGAGUGCCGAUACUGGCAGCUCACCGUUCCGCAGCAAACUUCAAGAAUCCCGAUGCUUUCAUCCCAGAGAGGUUCAUGGGUGCCUCCGAAUUUGAAUCCGACAAUAGAAAUGCAGUGCAGGCGUUUAGCGUGGGGCCACGCAACUGCCUCGGUCGCAAUCUUGCAUAUGCAGAGAUGCGAUUGAUCCUGGCCCGAAUGAUUUGGAACUUUGAUAUGGAGCUUUCUCCCGAUUCCAAGCAAUGGAUCAAGCAACCCUCAUUUGUGGUUUGGGAAAAAGGUAGUUUGAAUGUGAGGUUGACCCCGGCACUUCAUACUAUUGGGACAAAGUAG